AUGUCCUUAAACUACAUCAAAAAUUUCUACGAAGGAUGUCUCAGGCCUCCGACUGUUAUAGGCCAAUUCCACACCCUGUUCUUCGGCUCAGUACGUAUGUUCUUCCUGGGAGUUCUGGGUUUCGCUGUCUACGGCAACGAGGCCCUGCAUUUCAGCUGCGAUCCAGACAGGAGGGAGUUAAACCUCUUCUGCUAUAACCAGUUCAGGCCGAUAACCCCACAGGUAUUCUGGGCGUUACAGCUGGUGACGGUGUUGGUGCCGGGCGCUGUGUUCCACCUUUACGCCGCUUGCUGUAACAUUGACCAGGAUGAGAUCCUGCAGCGAGCGCUCUACACUGUUUCUUACAUCAUCUCCGUCCUGUCCCGCAUCGUGUUGGAGAUCGUGGCCUUCUGGCUGCAGAGCCAUCUAUUUGGCUUCCAAGUCCACCCCAUCUACACCUGUAAUGUGGCCUCUCUGGACAAGCACCUCAAGCUGACCAAGUGCAUGGUCCCCGAGCACUUUGAGAAGACCAUCUUCCUCUGCGCUAUGUACACCUUCACUGUCAUCACCGUGCUGCUCUGUGCCGCAGAGAUAUUCGAGAUCCUGUGUAGGAGACUCGGCUACUUGUCCACCGGGUAACCAGGCCUGCACUCACUCACCUCCCCAUCUACCCACAAACCUGCCUCCCUAACUCCUCACCUGUCUCCCCACCUCCC